GGUUGACAGUACCGUUCUCAUUAGCACCAGUUGAGACAAUAACACAGGAAGGAAACGACCAGCCAACUCUCCCGUGCCCCGUGAACUGCGCCACAAAGAACACCGUUCCACUGGAUUUACGUAAACUAUAAAUAAAGUGUGCAAUCCGAAAAUGACAGCAGUUGCACGAUAUUGGUGAUAAUUACAUCAGCAGCAUGAAAAAAACACUUUUCAUACUCAUCGUUGCGUUUAUUGGAACGCAUGGGAUAAAAGUUGAAUUGAAUAAUGAGAAAACGCCAUACGAUUACGUGAAAGAAAGGCUAGAUGCGAUUCCCACUGAUCGGAAAUUUGGACUGCCGCUGUCUGAUUCAUAUGAAGUAGAAGAAAGCGAGGAUUAUCCACAAGAAGAGGAAAAGAUCAACGUAGCGGCGUCAACAGUUUUGAAUACAGUGGCCGGUGCUAGUGGGAUUGGUGUAGGCCAAGGAAUAGGUUUAGGGGGAAUCGGUUUAGGUGGAUAUGGCAUCGGCCAAGGCUUGGGAUUGGGACUUGGUGGUUUGGGUGCAGGAGCAAGACUCGGAAUAGGCAGUGGUAUUGGUGGUGUUGGUCUUAAUAGCGGUGGUAUUGGUACUGGAGGGGUUGGUCUCAUUAAUCCCGCGUUGGGUGGUAUUGGACUCGGAGGAAUCGGUUUUGGAAAUGGGUUGUUAUAUCAUCCAAUUUUAGGCGCCCAAGUGGGUGCUGGCUAUGUCGAUAAAAAGGCUUAUGAUGUCGAAGAAAAGAAAGGAGCUGAUGCUAAUGUAGAAAAACUAGAGAAGAAAGCAGCAGAGGAAGCCAAACACGGACAGGAAGGGUUCCAGCAAGCUGCCGCGGCAGCGAAGGCUGAAAAGGGUGAAUCGAGUUUCUACAAAGAUGAAGAGGCUAAGAAGAAGGCAGCUGGUGAUGAAAAGUUUUAUGAAGGUGGACAAAAGAUUGAUAAACAUGGCGGCAACGAAGAACAGCUUAAAAAGGCCAAGAGCCACAAAAAAGGGCACGUCCACAAAGGGUUCAAAUCAUCCAGCAGUAAGAACGAGGAGGAGAAAUCCGAACACUUCUACGACGAAGCGCACGACGAGGCUGACCACAAGGUCUCCGGGCACAACGCGGGGAGUUUCGGGGAGAAUGCUCAACAAGGCUACAAAGGGGCGCAUGAAGAGAAGGUCCUCGAUGCGAACGCACAAGGGAAAGAAGGGCACCACUCAGCCCAUGAAAAUGUUGACGAUUCCAAAGCUAAUAAGGGCGAAUUCCUGCACAAAGGCUACAAGGAAGGAACAGAACUAUUGGAGAAGUUCAACAACCUGGGAGCUCAAGCAGUGCACGGUCACCAAGAAGCUAGUGGCGGCUACCAACAGAACAAAGGGAUCCUGCCAAUACAUUAUUAGCCUCUCAACAUCGAAAGAAUUGUACCUCGUAUCAAUCAAUGAUCAAUAAAAUCGUUAUCUCUUUGUACUGUAAAA